AUGGCUGCAGACAAUGACACACAGGUGAGAGAGUUCAUCUUCCUGGGGUUCUCUGGCCUCCCAAGCGACCCAGCCUUCCUCUUUGUCGUGUUUCUGGCUGCCUACCUGGCCAUUCUUUUGGGCAACUUGAUGAUACUAAUUCUGGUCCUCGUGGAUUCCUGCCUUCACAGCCCCAUGUACUUCUUCCUCAGUCACCUCUCCUGCUUGGACAUUUGCGUCUCCACCGUCAUUGUCCCCAAGAUCCUUGUCAACUUCCUGCGCCGACAAAACACGAUUUUGUACGAGGAAUGCCUGGUGCAAGCUUUCUUCCUGAUGGGCUUUGUGGGCUGCGAGCCAGCACUGAUAGCUGUCAUGGCCUAUGACCGCUAUGCAGCCAUCUGUAGGCCCCUGCACUACUCUGUCCUCAUGAGCAAGAGGGUGUGUAUCCAGCUAGCAUCUGCCACUUGGGUCUGGGGCUUCCUGGACUCGGUGGUUCAUACUUCCUUGGCUUCACAGUUGUCCUUCUGCGGAGCCAACCAGAUCCCACACAUCUUCUGCGAUGUCCCACCACUGUUACAAAUCGCCUGCAGUGAUACUCGUGCCAAUGAACUGGCCAAUCACAUCACAAGCCUCUUUGUGGGCCUGUGCCCUAUCCUCUUCAUCAUCCUCUCCUACAUAUGCAUCUUGGAUUCUGUUUUGAGGAUUCGCUCCAAAGGUGGCAGGCGCAAAGCCUUCUCCACAUGUGCUUCACACCUCAUCAUUGUCAUUCUCUGUAUUGGAAACGGAUUCCUGAACUACAACAAGCCAAGCGCUGGCUAUUCCCUGGAAAUAGACACUCUGGUCUCUGCCAUGUUCUGCAUCGUCACCCCUAUGCUGAACCCCCUCAUUUACAGCCUCCGCAACAAGGAGGUGAAGGGGGCCUUCAGGAAAGUUCUGAACAAAUGGACAGAUUGUUUCAUUUUUGGUGGCAAACUUCACUGA